CGCUGUGCGGCAGACCCGUGACGUUUUAUUUUCAGUUUAUUUCUGGGCUCUGUCGCUGUGUGAACCCGAAGCUGCGCUAAUACUCGGUUAAUUGCUGUUAUUUACUGUUAUUUACAGUUAUUUACUGUUAAUAUCAGGGAUAUUCCGCUUCACUCCGUUUAUUUAAUGUUAGUUUAUCUGUAUUUGUGAGGAGCUGCCUGUAUUUCACGUGAGUCGCAUGUGGGCUCAGUCUCGCGCUGCGGCACUGAUUAACAGACCCGCCGGCAGCAUGAGGGAGUCAUGUGAAUGCUGAGGAUGAGGCAGGAGCAGCUGGCAGGACAGAGGAACAGGCGAGGCUCCACCCAGCCCCAAAACCCCUUCAUCCGCCCGGCCAGAGAUGAACAGCACCACCCAGCCCCCGCACACCGUCAGCAGAGACACGGCGGUCGGCUACGUCCUGGUGCCUUUCUUCUCCAUCACCCUGAUCGGGAUCAUCGUAGCAGCGGUGAUGUACCUGAGGAGGAAACAAAGGAUUGACAGACUGCGGCACCAGCUGCUCCCAGUUUACACCUAUGACCCGUCGGAGGAGCUGAACGAGGCGGAGCAAGAGACGCUGUGGAAGGAGGAGGACACCAAGGUGGUUCAGGGCUGGAUGAAGAAUUACCACCAGCGAUUGCCUCUAAUGAAGGACCUGAACGCCUGAGGAAGCAGAACUGAAACAGACUGGUGUAAAAAUAACAGCGUUGAGCUGUGGAGCUCCGAAGAGCUUCUCUGGAGUGAUGAUGGAGCUCCAUCCAACACUUCUGGUCCUUUGGGACGAGCUGGAGCAGCAGAACCUGACCUCACUGAAGCUCUUACUCUUGUGUGGCUGAAUGCAAUCAAAUCCUUCUUACUACAAUCUUCCAAAACCUAGAGUAAAGCCUUUUCAGAAGAGUAGAGGCUGUUAAAUGCAGUAAAUGGGUAAAAAAUAUACCUGCUAAUACACUUUAUUACAGAAGAUACACUGGAAGAGCAGCUGUCUGCAAACUUUUGCACAUUUUAGGACAAUUCCCUGGACAUAGAUUUAAUUAUAAUGGUAAUGCUAAAUGCUAAUGGUAAUGCUAAUGGUGAAAUACCAUUCAAAUGCAUAUUUAUUCCAGGAUUAAGCUUAAUCUUGGUCCAGGAAAUCAACCCAAAUGUUGAAAUUACAGCAAAAACAUUAUACCAGUAAGGCUAAGGCCCAAUAACAUUUCACCACUUAACCCUACUCCCCUGUUUUUAGGGUUUUCUGAUUCGUAUUAGGCUAAAUAAGUAGUUUAGAGGAAGAUUUAGAGCUACAUGGUCCUUCAAACUGAGAUUUUUAAAAGGAACACUCCAAACAAAAGGCUAUAAGAAACACUGGCAAGAUGGGGCCCAAUAAAUGACCAAAGGAACCCCAGUUUUUUUUAUAUUUUUCUUGUUGAAAAUGUUUAAAACUACUAUAUUGCCAGAGUUUAAUGUGUAUUUUCAAAGUUUUAUGGACAUUCGGAGCAUUAAAAAAAUUGCUAGUAGUUCUCUUAGUCACUAGCUAACUAGAUAACGUCCCCAUUCCACCUUAAAUUGUGCAACAGACAGCAGAGGCUGGAGUAUUUAAGGUGGAACGGAAAAAUUAAACAAAAAUAAAAGCUAAAAUAAAAAGCUUCCCAUCACAUAGGAAUCAAGAAAUAUACAAUAUUAUUGUAUAAUAAUUAAUUGUUGCACUACUUGCUCCACCCCACCUUUCUGAAGAUAUAUAAGAUAAAGCUCUAAUGUAAACUAGCAGUUAAUCAGCAGCAGCAGCUAGGUUGCUGAACUUUAGCGCUUCACUCCUAUAACGCUAUGUCUGUGUCGGGUUCUUGAAGGGUUUCCCAAUCCUUAGGCAGAGAAUUUGACCCCUUUACUUCAUAACUCUGUUCCAAUGAGAAGGGUUUCACUCGAAAAGAAGGGGAAGUGUUAAAAAAGGCUAAGCAUUAGUCUGGAUGACUUAACCUUAACCCUAAUCUCUAAUACUCGCUGCCUUAAUAACCCAGCCACACACAGACCAGUGAAUGUGAAUGCUGUGAGACUCGAAUGCUGAAAUUACAGUAUUUAAAAUGCCCAUCCCUUCUAGUGGCUGUGAUAAAUUAACACUCUAUAUGAAAUUAUUGCUCUUCAAAAGCAUGUAACUGCAUAAUUAUGCUAUUUUUCAGCAUAAAAUUGUCUUAAAAUGACAACAAUUUUGUUUAUCGCAAUUAUUUCUGGAGCAAUAUAUCCCCCAAAAAAAUAGUUACAGUGAUUGUUGGCCUUGUUGAAGCAUGAUGUCGACUAAAAGUUGUUUUCUGAUCGAUAUGAACGUCUCGUAAUGAAUAUUCCUUUCAAUCGGUUUGUUAGUAAUCCAGUCAACGCAAAUUCUAAAAAGUUGUUGCACUGUAAGUAAGUUAAAUUUAUUUAUGUCACUUUUCAAACAUUUUGCGUUGACCAAGCUGCGCUACCUGUAACUGUGCAUGACUGAUGAAGCAAAUAAAACCAGAACAGCAAGCAAUGAAACAUGAAAAAGAAAACAUAAGUCAAUUUAAAAACAUGUAAUAUUACCACAGUCUCUCGCUAUUUGAAUGCCAGUUUUUAGACCUGAUUUAAAAACUGAGAUUGAAGUGCCUUGGCAAAUAUUAGGUGGUAGGCUGUUCCAUAGUCUCGGAGCAUAAACUGCAGUCGCAUCGUCAUUUUUAAGUUUGUAAAAAUGGUAAAAAAAGAUAAAGAACUUCUUUAGAAGUUAGAAGAUGAAGAUUUAUAAUAUAUAUAUUUAAUUCCUUUAGUUUUAGCGUCAAUAUAAAAGUGUUUUGAUGGCAUCUCACGAGUUUUGUGCUGUUAAAAACUACUUUUUCACACCUGCUUUGUGUUAAAAUAAAAAUGAACUUUUAUUUAUAAACAGACAUAAAAGGAGUCUAAGGAUAAUCUUUUACACUCAUUCUGCUGUGGUGGGGGGGCAAGUACGCAAAGGGGAGUCUGAUUCUGACAUAGAACUAGAAUUAAGAAUAAUAAUAAGUACUAUUGCGAUUAUACCACUAAAAGAUUUUGAGUUAUAGAGGAGGAGAUAAUAGGAUCUGUUUGGUUAUAAAAACUCCACCAGUUAAAAUAGUUCCAUUGCUGCUCUGUUUGUAGCUGCGCUGUUUGGUUUGUAAGCGCUGCAUCAUUGCUAGGUUACCUGUAUGUGUUGGAGUAAUAUGGUACAUGGAGAGCUUCGGUCACAGUGCAUUACCUGCUGAUAACAGCACUCAUAGAACACCUCUCAGCCAAUCACAUUGCAGGGUCGGAACUAACUGUUGUAUAAUUCAGCACAACACCGGGCAAAGCAACUCAAAAUCAAACUCAUAACUCAACAUAGCUACCAUUCUACCAUCCAAUUAUUUAUAUGAAGUAUAGAGAGACUCCACCCAUGUAUGCUGAUGAUGACCACAGGAUGUAGUAGGAAGUUAACUAAACUGCAGUGUGAAACCAAAACAUAACAAAGACACAAACCUUGUGAAAAUGCCUGAGACAUGCCAGAGUACUCUGGUUAAGAGUGUGCAUGCAGUGAGUAAUCUGAUUUCUGAGCUCAGAUUUAUAAUUAAUUUUCUCACCCAUUCAGCUGCUAGUCAGCUAGUGAUGCUCAAACAUAAGGAGGAUAAAGACUAUCACAUGCCUCCUUCGACACAUAUAAAGUUGUAAAGUCAGACUCCGCCUCUUUUUGAGCUGCUGCUGAUGCUGUAGCAUUGCCGAGUAGCAUCACAGCGCUAACACUCAGAGGAAAGCGCAGUGACUCGGUUCUGAUACAUCGGCUCACAGACGCAGCCUUGUGCUGAUCUACAUCACCUUAGGAGGAGUGAUGAGGGGAAAGAAGAGCGCCAUCUACUGUACUGUACCCACCCAGAGAGAGCAAUGCCAAUUGUGCUUUCUCAGGGCUCCGGCAGCUGAUGGCAAGCUGCAUGACCAGGAUUCGAAUCAGCGAUUUCUCAACCAUAGUGGCAGCGCCUAAUUCAGAUCUUUAGACCUUUUCUCCUAUCUACGAAAUCGGAGUAUGCUGAGAGUAUGCUGUUUGAUGUAUGACUACUUGAAUAAUCAGAAAUGUACAGAAGUCUAAAUGAAUGUAAAAUCACUCGCUGCAUCCAGUGAUUUCCUGAGAUAACUCCACAGUCCCUGUUUUGUUUCCCAAUUACAUGAAUGGUCAAGUAUACAUAUACUCUAUUUACCUGUAGGGGGCGCUAAAACUGUGAGAUCUGAUCCACAGCUGCACCACUUCACAUCUCAUUUGGCUUAAAGGAAGGGUCUGAUGGAACACAUAGUUGAAGAUAUAUACAGUAGACACCACAGCUACCACCCUCAGAGUCCUGUAGAGGGAGCUGUUGCAGAGGCACAGAUAGGAACAGCAGUAAGAAAUGCAGGUGGUCAUAAUGUUUUGGCUCAUUGGUGUGUAUAUUUGUAUAUACAUUAUAAUAUACUGUAUUUUAUUUGAUUUGGUUUUACUUGGCAGUUUGUUUUCAGGAUGUGAAGAAACUCAGGUUUCCACAUUAAACCAGUUUAACCACUGCUCUGCUCACUUCCCAUUACACACACACACACACACACCGGGGGACUUGUUACUGGGAGGUGUUUUACAUGUGUGUUUAAAAUAUUGUUUACAUGUGUAUUAAGUAAACAUUUUUUUGUUUACCUGUUGUUAAUUUAGAGCAUUGUCUGUUGUUUUUUUUACUGCAUUAUUGUGUGUGAUUUAUUAUUAUAAAUGUAAUGAAACUA